GCAGAUCGAGGCGAGGCCGCGAGGGAGGAGAAGAGCCAUGAUGGGGGCGCAUCAGAUCAUCGCUCAAUGGCAGCAGCAUGGGCGUUCUCCUCCUGCUGGUGCUCCUGCUGGAUGCGGGCGUCGUCCUCCCAGCCGUGCUCCUAGCAGCAGAGGCUCCAGCAGCAGAGGAGAAGAGGCAGGAUGCGGGCGUCGUCCUCCUAGUUAUGCUCCUGCUGGGCGGUGCGCUGUGCUCCUACUGGUGCUCGACGGCUGGAGCCUGCUGCCUGGUGGUGCUCGGCGGAUGAGCAGGGGAUCCGAUCGGGUAGGGGAUGAGGAUGAGAUGACCGAUCGGAUCGGAUGGGCAGGGGAUGAGGAUGAGUGGAUGACCGACCGGAUGAGCUGGUUUGCUCGGCGGCUGCCGGCUGGGGGAUGGGGAUUAGGUCAUUAGGGUUUGCCGGU